CCUCUUUUUUUUCGUCGCCCAUCAAUCUAACAAUCGACGCAACAUGCUUGAAUGCAAUGGCUCGCCAUGGAAUGAGCCAAUGUGCACUUUGCAGAAUGAACAGUGAGCCAAAAGACUGAUCACACAUAAAGGCAAGCUGUUGUGGCGAGAGAAAAAAAAGAUGUCCGCUUGUUUGGAGAAGGCGCAUUGGAAAUGGACUGGUAACCACACAGGUCUUGGACUGGAAUGCCCGUGUAUUGGCAGCGACCAUAAUGGAAGCCCAGUCGGCAUCUCUAGAUGAGUACCCGGAGGUGGAUCAGGUCUUGGUGCAGAUGCGCGUGGGAGCGGAUGCAGACGGGGAUCCGGAGCAGAGUCUGACCGAGGGAAGCGAGGGGGGAGCAGGCAGCCCCUCUGCCAUGCAGCCCCAGACGCCCAUGGACACAGACAAGCAGGCCAUCUACAGGCACCCCCUGUUCCCUCUGCUGGCCCUACUCUUUGAGAAGUGUGAGCAGUCGACUCAGAGCUCGGACUGCGUCAGCUCUGCCAGCUUCAAUGUGGACAUUGAGAACUUUGUCCGCAGCCAGAAGAAAGAGGGCAAGGGCUUCUUCUGUGACGACCCAGACGUGGACAACCUGAUGGUGAAGGCCAUCCAGGUGCUGCGUAUCCACCUCCUGGAGCUGGAGAAAGUGAGCGACUUGUGUAAGGACUUCUGUAGCCGCUACAUCGCCUGCCUGCGUACCAAGAUGAACAGUGAGACCCUGCUGAGUGGAGGAGAUACUGACAGCCCCUGUUCCCCUGUCCAGAUACAGACCUCCAGCCCACUGACAGGAACCCUUAGCCCUCAAGGCAUUGUGAUGUCAGCCUCAACCCUGCAGCAGGGCAACGUUACCCUGACAACAGUCAAUUCUGCUGGCCAAGUGUUAGCAGGUAUGUCUCCGUGGCAUACCACCUCUACAGGUGGUACAGUGUACCAGCCCAUCACAGUAGUCACUCCUCAGGGACAGGUGGUGGGACAAGCUAUCUCACCCCAGACAAUACGCAUCAACAACACACAGCUCCAGUUGCAGCUCAAUCAGGACCUAAGCAGUUUCUUCACCCAGGAGGACAGCUCAUCCAAGAGCAACAAGAGGGGGGUCCUGCCCAAAUCAGCCACCAACAUCAUGCGCACCUGGCUCUUCCAACACAUAGGGCAUCCCUAUCCCACAGAGGACGAGAAGAAACAGCUUGCCAUACAGACCAACCUGACCCUGCUGCAGGUCAACAACUGGUUCAUUAAUGCUAGGAGGCGGAUCCUCCAGCCCAUGAUGGACAGCAGUGCUUCAGACGCGCCCAAGAGCAGGAAGAGGACUCCCCAGAGCCGGCCCACCCAGCGUUUCUGGCCCAUGGCCAACAACAUUGCCUCGGCCGGUGUAGGGCAAGAGGUGGCCAUGGACGAUGACGUUACCAUGGUGACGAUGGGCAUGAGUGUAGACGAGCUGCAGACGCUGACCUCAGACAGUGCAACACUGGCCAUGCAGCAGGUGAUGAUGGGAGGACACAGCGAGGAGGAGGACGGCGAGAGCGAGGAGGAGGAGGAAGAAGAGGAGGAGGAGGAGGAGGGGGGUGACAUGGCCGGAUUGGAGUGACAUACCACUACUGCGGGAUGUGAUGUCACACCCUCAUGCAUGCCUGUGUUUGACUAUAUUACUCAACACUCAUCACAGUGUCCAAGACAACCCACACUAGGCCUUUAAGGUCCUUCUAGAAACAGAAAAAAAAAUGCUAUUUUUAUAUGUAAAAUGUUUGGAAUGAAGGCUGUUUUAUUUUUUUCAUUUGGCUUUUUUGCUUAGUGUUUUUAUUUUGUUUAGUUUGUUUUUUAAAGAAUAUUUAUGUAUGAACAUUGAAUGUCCAAUAUGGCUGACCUGCUUUUCAAGGUCUGUUGGAUUUCUCUAAUAAUAAAAUGUUCAAGAAAGA